AUGGAGAAAUCACUACCCAAGCUUGCCGUACCAGGCCAACAGCUGGCAUCCACAACCACGUAUCUAUCCGGCUCCGGCACACACGUCCACAACGGGCAGAUUUGCGCCUCGAUCGCUGGGCCCGUGUAUAUCGAGCAGUCUCACGCAAAACCCAAAACAAAGUCGAUACUGAGUAUUUCGCGGUCGGCAAAUUCGCCGGCGAACAAGGGAGCUGUACCAGGGCAACAGCAACAACAACAAAAGGUCGCUGGUGCUGCAGCGACAACGACCAGCAAACCAAAAUACAACACUCUUCCAUCCGUCGACUCAAUAGUGCUUGCCCGUGUUACUCGUGUACAGAAACGCCAAGUCACAGUGUCUAUUCUCGUUGUACUAGACGAUCAGACAGCCACCGCCAGCUCAGACAAUGACAACAUCGCAGCCAUCUUGACCUCGGCCGCCAACCCGGAAAACCAUAAUACCUCUGACGAACUUCGUUUCCAAGCCCUGAUUCGCAAAGAAGAUGUGCGCGCUGUCGAAAAGGACCGCGUGGUGCUCGAAGACAUGUUUCGCGUUGGAGACGUGGUACGCGGUAGUGUGAUUUCACUUGGGGACCAGAGUUUUUACUAUCUUACCACAGCGCGCAACGAUCUCGGGGUUGUUAUGGCGCGCAGUGAGGCGGGUAAUAUGAUGUUUCCGGUUAGUUGGAAGGAAAUGAGAGAUCCCUUGACGGGUCUGGGUGAGACGAGGAAAGUCGCGAGACCGUUUUGA